CCGCCGUGGUGGCCGCGGUACUUAACUAGUUACCUAGGUAGCAACCACCAGCUCCAACUUAUCUCCAAUGCGCAAGGGGACAGUAUUCUCCGAGAUCCGGACACCUCAAGCACUACCUUCUGGAGUUGUUGAAGCUGCGUCCAGACACUCUUUGUUCGCCCCAAGUCUAAAUAACUCAGGACUAUAAAUAUUCCCGUUCAAGUGCGCAAUGCCGAUUCCGGAUCUCCCGCUACUGCCUCCCGAGGACUCAAUGCUCUCCUUGAAGUUCGGCAAGGAAAUAGCGAAUUACUUCACCGGAAGCCCGCUCAACCGGCUCUCUUUCCUCCGCACUAACCAUGACUUCCUCCAGGCGGCUUUCUCGCACUCGUCAGCGGCGUUUCUGGCGAUGAACCAACUCAACCCGCUGGUAAAGGAUGACUCGCGCCUGGCUUUCGUGUCCGGCCACGAUAUCACUCCUUUUACAGGCCCGAGUCCGUUCGGGAAGAAAGAGGAGGAGGCGAUCAGGGAUUACAAUUCAGAGGAGACACAGCCUUUGAUCCUGUUUCUCGGGGUCGCCGAGAAGGACCAAUGUCCCUCCGAGAGCGGUACCACGGACCCGUUCCAGUACAAGGAAUACAGGGGUCGCCCAUACUUCGCCGUCGACGUGACACCGCGAGGUAGCUUGACAGACACUGCGAACCGGGUCAUAACGGCGUUGAAGGAAAGGGGCCUCUCGUUUCACGACUCGUCGCCCCGGCAUAUGGGACUUGCCGCAAAUGAAGCUGCGAUAUACGCCCAGGCACGCAGCCUCCUCGACUGGAAUGCGCGAAACCCCUUCUGCGCCCAAUGCGGCCAGCGGACCCUGUCGCUCAACGCGGGGACGAAGCGGGUAUGCCCGCCGACCGACCUAGCCGGGGGCGAGAAGCGCGACCGGCUCCCGUGCGCGACGCGCGGCACCAUCUCGAACAUCAGCUUCCCGAGGACCGACCCGACGGUGAUCAUGGCGGUGGUCAGCUCGGACGGGACCAGGUCCCUGCUGGGGCGGAACCGGCGCUUCCCUCAGAACAUGUACAGCGCGCUGGCCGGCUUCCUCGAGCCGGGCGAGUCGAUCGAGGAGGCCGUCCGCCGCGAGGUGUGGGAGGAGAGCGGCGUCCGCGUCGGCCGCGUCGUCAUCCACAGCUCCCAGCCCUGGCCGUUCCCGGCCAGCCUGAUGAUCGGCGCGAUAGGGCAGGCGCUGCCCGGCGACGGGGAGAAGAUACAUCUGGGCCACGACCCCGAGCUCGAGGAUGCGAGAUGGUUCUCCGUGGCUGAGCUCGAGGAAGCCCUUGCAAAGGGUUCUUCGAACCUCGGGGAACCAGCCCCGGAGGGAUACAGAGAGGGCUCACUUCGUCUACCGCCACAAACUGCCAUCGCCAACCAGUUGAUGAAGGCGGUGGUAGAUGGGUGGGCAUUUACACCAAAGAUAUAAAAAAUCUAGCGUUGCGUAUGCUUGUAUCCAGGGGUUAGAGAAGGAUAUGCAAAACCCUGCAUGCAAUUGGCCGUCACAUGGGAUUUGACAAGCAGGGAGUAGGGAGGGUGAGUGCAUAGACGAAGGUUGAGGUUGGGUGGGAUUUGGUUAGAUUUCAAACCGGAUUUCAGGUGUUUCGGCACUCUUCCUUAUCUGUGUGAUGUCCCAUUAACAUGCCAUUGACGGCAUCGCUCUCCCUCUGGGUAAGGUAACUACUUCCGCAACGCAUGAACUCGACACUUCGGCUUUUA